AUGAGCAACAACGCACCUUCCCAGGGGCCGGGGCCUCAAGGGCAGCAACCGCAAGCCCUGAUCAAAGUCCACCAGAUCCAGAGCAUGCCGCACCUGGACGAGACCGCAAAGCAAAGAUACGCAGUCGGCAUACAACGACUGUACACAAUACUGCACGACACACCACCGGAUAGCGACGAGCACAAACAAGCCUAUACCAAACUUCUGGAGGCCUCGCAGAAACUGAGGAUGCAGCUCCGGUCGUAUCAGGACAACCUGAAGCAGCAACAACAGCAGCAAGGCGCCUCUCAAGGCGGACAGCAGGCAAGCGGUAGACCACAGAGUGGAGGGCAGUCAGCAGGGCCGCAGCAACAGCCCCAACCGCAGCAGCAGCAGCAGCAGGGCCAGCCGCAACAACAGUCGAGCAGUGCUCCUCAAACGCAGCACAUUCCUCCGCAGAUCAUGCACCAUGUUCAGGGCUUCAACUUUGUUUUACCGCCCGAGCUGGUAGGAGGAACGCCGGAAGCGAACCAAUACUUGGCCAACGUGAAGCAGAGUUACUUGCAAGCCUUGGUGAAGCAGGAGCAGGCGAGAGCAGCGAUAGGGCAAGCCACCAAGGUGGUAAACGAGCGGAAAGCGCAGGGUCAGGAUAUUCCGGCCGACAUCAUGGCGCAGAAGGCCCAGUUUGAGCAGUCGUAUAAUAAGAGCAAGACGUUUGUCGACGAGAUUCGACAGAAACAGGCGCUGUGGAAGAGUCAGCGAGAACAGGGGCAGGGAACUGGUUCGCAGCAAGUGAAGACCGAGGGAGGCGGCAACGCACCUAAUCCCGCACCCGCUCCGCAGUUCCAGCUACAGAUGCCGCCGCAACGCCAGCACUCGCAGGGUCAAGUUGCUGCUGCCACUGCCGUGAAUCCCGCUCUUGACGCUGCGCGAAACCAGUCGAACGCGGGCCGCACUUCACAGAGUCCGGCUACUUCUGGCCCACCGCAGCAGCCACAGGCACAAACGCCCGCGUUCCAGCAGCAACCAGCUCCUACCUCGGGCGCUCCUUCCAUGCAAAUUCCCCAGCAGCAACCUCGGCCGCAGGUGAAUCCACAGCAAGCAGCGCAUUUGAAUCCCGUGCAGCAGAACUCGCCUCACUCGCAAAAUCCACAAGGUCCGCCGAUACCUCUAACGCACCAAGCUGCGAUACACAGCAGCAACGCGCAACGCUCGUACUCGGGCCAACAGCAAGGCGGAUCGCAAGCUCCAAGCGCGUCCAGUUAUCACGGGCUGGGAAACCGCGAGCAGAUGAACAACCCAAAGAUGCCCAUCCCGAAAACCCUCAGCGUCGUACCGCCUCAGGCUGUGAACAUGGGUCCGGCAAGGCCGACGAUGGGAGGGCCGAGCAACGGCGUUCCUGGAAUGAUGGGCCAACCAGUCAUCAACAAGCCCGCAGGCUUUGUCAUGGAAGGCGAAGCGCGUAGCGUGCUCACCAAAAGCAAGCUUGAUGAGCUCGUUCGUCAGGUGACUGGGGGAGGCGACGGUGAAACGCUCGCGCCAGAAGUCGAAGAGAUAAUGUACCAGCUCGCAGACGAGUUCGUCGACGACGUCGUCACCAGCGCCUGCCGCCUCGCGAAGCUGCGCGACUCCUCCACCCUCGACAUCCGCGACCUUCAGCUCAUUCUCGAGCGCAACUACAACAUCCGCAUCCCUGGGUAUGCCUCGGAUGAGGUGCGCACUGUGCGGAAGUUCCACCCGGCGCCGGGUUGGACGCAGAAGAUGAAUGCUGUCCAGGCCGCGAAGGUCAUGGGCGGCAAGACUGAUAUCUAG